AUGCCAUAUUUCAAGCUGCUCGAUUCAACGACAAUCGUUUUGGCGAUUCAGAUUGCCACUGCGAGUGUCAUUGCGUAUGCCGUAAGCAGAGCAAUCUACAAUCGCUGCUUUCACCCUUACAGCCGCUUUCCCGGCCCAUUAUUAGCCUCUAUAUCGGACCUGUGGUACUUCUGGCGUGUACGACAUGGCUUGGCCGGACACAAUGACCUCCUCCUGCACGAGAGGUACGGAUCUCUGGUUCGCAUCACACCAGGUCAAAUCAUGAUCUCCGAUCCAGCUGCGAUAGAGACGAUAUACGGCCCAGCGAAUGUCUUUCCCAAAGCAGAAUUCUACUCUGGCUUUGACCCCAGCAUCGGUCCUCGAGCUGGCAAUUUCGAGGAGAGAGAUGAGGCCAAGCAUUCAGUCAGACGCCGGAUUGUGGCUCCUCUCUAUACCCAAGCUUCGAUCUUGCAAUUUGAGCCCUGCGUAGACCGCCUGAUAGCGCUCUUCUACGAAAGAAUGGAACUUCUAGCGGAAGCGAAAGUGGAGUUCGAUAUGUCAGCCUGGCUCAGGAAAUACACCUUCGACGUGGUUGGAGAUAUCUUCUAUGGGAGGCAAGGAGGCUUUGGGUUUAUCAGAGAUAACAUCGAUUACAAUAACUGGUGUGCGUUGAUGGUGACGAUGCCAUCCUUAUCUUCUGCCAUUACAUAUAUCUCCAAGCCAUUGAGGCCAAUUGUCUUUGCAGCGGAGAUGAUCUACCCAAGCACAAGAGUCGGAGCUAGAGGCUUUUUCGAAGUCAUCACGCAAUCACACAAGGCGGUCAAACAGCGCUUACAAGAACGUGCGACUCAGGAAUCAAAGCCCAAGAACGACGUUUUGAACAGACUGCUGGAUCUCGUUAACACAUCACCAGAUCGGAAGCAGCACUGGACAGAACUAGACGUCACAGCUGAAAUCUGGACAAUGAUCUGGGCAGGCAGCGACACAACAGCCAUCGCUCUGACGAGCAUCUUCUACCACCUUCACAAAAACCCCUCAGCCCUCGAAAAUCUCCGCAAUGAAAUCGACCAAGCCUUUGCAGAAGGUCGCCUCACAUACCCUCUGCGAUUCGGCGCCUGUAUCAAGCUCCCCUACCUCCACGCAGUCGUUCGCGAAGCAAUGCGCAUGCAUUCAUCCCUCGGUCUGGGCCUCCCCCGAGUCGUCCCUCCCGGCGGCGAAAUUAUCUGUGGCCAAUUCUUCCCCGAAGGUCAAGGCGUAAUCAUGAACGCCUGCGUUAUUAACUUCAACACGAACAUUUUCGGUGAAGACGCAGAUCGAUUCAUACCCGAACGCUGGAUGCGAAAUGGCGUGGAGAAGGCCAAUGAGAUGGAGAGACAUAUGUUACAAUUUGGAUACGGACCGAGGAUUUGUAUCGGGAAGCAUAUCACUAAUGUUGAAAUGUAUAAACUUCUUCCGACCAUUUUGCGGGACUUUGAGUUUGUUGGGUUGGAAGAGAAGACGUGGAAGGUUUUUGGAGGGUGGUUUCAUCAUCAGAGUGGUGUUGAUGUGAGAGUGCGGAGACGCAGGCCCAGGGAUGAGAAUACUACUGUUGAGAUUCCGGAGGGGAAGUGGAGGGAGGCGUGA